CCAGCUGCCUCCACCAACCCCGCCUGGGUGCCAACGUUAGGAUUUGUACGUCCUCGCGCUGACGUAGCGCGCCUUUGUCAGCCCUGCGAAGGUGCCCAUUGGCUGAACAGCUGCUCGCCACGCCCACCGGAAGUGCGGAGUUUGUCUCCUGGCCUUCGGGGUCGCGGGGAAGCCGGGCUGCUGUCGGAAGCAGCUUACAAGCUCAAGCCUGUGACAAUGGUGUGCAUUCCUUGCAUAGUCAUUCCGGUUCUGCUCUGGAUCUACAAAAAAUUCCUGGAGCCGUACAUAUACCCUCUGAUUUCACCUUUUGUUAGUCGUAUAUGGCCUAGCAAAGCUAUACAAGAAUCCGGUGAUAAAAAUAAAAGCCAAGGAGACUAUAAGGGUGCAGACAUAAGCGGAUUAGCAACAAAAGGGCCAACAGAAAUCUCUGAUAAAAAGAAAGACUGAUGCCGUUUUCCCAAAGGAUUUCAAUUGUUUUAAAAACGGACCUGACCAUAUAAAGCACCUUCUUUGUAAUGAUCUCUGACCUUUUUCUCUGAGACCAGAAUUCAGGAUAGACAGUUUAGAUAUUCACCUGAUACUAAUCAGGAAAUACAUAAUAUUUAUAUUUAAAAUAUAUUUAGUUGUAUUUAAUGACCUCAUUCCUAGUUCCUUGUUCAUUAAAGUAGCUUUCAUUUCUAAUAAUAUGAACAAAUUGAAGGCUUGUGCAGUAGACACUUUGUUACUAAAUCAGUACUUAAAAUCCUUGGGCCUCUAGCAUUUGUUCACAUGAAUUUUACUGCUGUGUACUCUAAUUUCUGUGGGUUUUUAUAAUUUGAGUGGAGUAAAUUAUACCAUGGAACAGGUGAUAAUGAUGUGAAACAUAGAGGUAUAAUUACUGUCCAACAUAGUGGAGCAGUUUAUCCAUAAGAAACUAUUAUUUAUUGCUCUGAGAAAAAUAGAAAAGUUGGAAAUAGGAAACUUAUUUGAAAAAUGAAACAUCUUUUACAUAAAUGUCCAGUAUAUAAAUUCUAACUCUGUUGCAUUCCUUCUAUUCCUACAAAUAUAUUAAAGAUUCAGUUUAUCUAGUG